ACGCGGCCCACGGUGGCUCCACGACUAACGUCGAGUCCAAGAGUUACGACGAGGGGGGAAAGGUGGGGGCGAUCGAACGAUGUCGAGCGUCGCGGAGAGUCCUGACGAAAUGGCCCUGCAGUCGCACUACUCGCUCAGAUGGAACAAUCACCAAACGCAUAUAUUGCAGGCCUUCGAGGCGUUGCUGCACGCCGAGAUACUCGUCGACGUGACUCUCGUUUGCGCCGAGACAAGCCUUAGGGCCCAUAAAGUCGUGCUCAGUGUCUGCAGUCCAUUUUUCGAGCGGAUCUUCGCCGAACAUCCAUGUAAGCAUCCUGUGAUCGUACUGAAGGACUUUCCGGGCCGAGAAAUCGCUGCCCUCAUUGACUUUAUGUAUCGCGGUGAGGUGCGCGUCGGAAGGGAGGAUUUGUCCGGCUUAAUGCACGCCGCCGAGAGCCUCCAGAUCCGGGGGCUGGCAUCCUCGGAGCCGCGACCGGCGAGUCCACCCUCGACGCCCAACACCGACUUACUUAUGGGCGAGCCCUCGACGCCCGAAGGGGCGCGGCAAAUGCUUCUUGAUGGUCCCACCCCCGAUGAAGACGACGAGAACGUCUCGGAGAUCGUGACACGUACCGCGACGCCCUUGCCAAUUUUACCGAGAGACCUGAGGCCCCAAGCCGCCCAGGCCGCCCAAGCCGUCGGGCAGACGAGCUUCGGUCUCCGCGAGCUCAGAGAGACCUGCGGCUCGCCUCUCAUGCCCAGACGAAAGCAGGCCAGGCCCAGGCGGAGGUCGGGUGAGCUCGUGCCCCAAGACCUCAGUCGACCGCAUCCCCCGGCCAGCCUCAGCCCGCCAAGCACGGGCCUCAACCUCAGCAACAAUCACCAGACUCCUCAGCAGCACCAGCACCAGCACCACCAUCAGCAACAGUCCCAGUCGCAACAGCAACCACAACCGUCGCGGUCCCGGACACCGAGCCAUCAGGAGGACAUAGCCGAGAACCUCUCGAUGAAGAGGGAACCGAAGCGCUCCCUCUCCCCCGCCACCUUGAACGAACGGCUCGUCAAAUCCGAGAGCGAGGCCGCGAGCAGUCCCCGCGGCUCGCCCCUCACCGGUACCAGUCUCCAUCCGGACGCCUCAUUCUCGGACCUCCCAGCCGCGGGUCUCACCGCCAUGUCGGCCCUGGCUCUCACGCCAUCCCAUCACCACGGAAGCGAGUACCUGACGAGCCUCGGGCAGUUCGCCGCCCAGUGGUUACCCCCGAGUCAGUCGGGUCAAUCGGGCCAGACCCGCGACGGGAGCCCCCUCGGUAAGCCACCCGGGGGCUUCCCCUACCAACAGAGCGAGUCGCCCCUCGCACCCAGGAGCGCCUUCCCCAUGGACGGGAUGGCGCCCCUCGGUGCGGCGGCGAGCCUCUUCCCUCACGGUGGGCCCCUCGAGCUCCACGACAGCUUCAAACCCGAGAGCUUUCACGGUCUCUUCGUCGGGCAGCAGCACCACCAUCACCCGUCGAAGAAGCCAAAGAAGCACCGCUCGGACGGACUCCCCCGUCGCUGGAGCGAGCACGCGCGCGGCCUCGCGGUCUGCAGACCCAAAGGCCAGCAUAGCGCUCCCCGGGGCGGGCCUCCGCGCUCCUGGACAAACGCGGACCUCACCGAGGCCCUAACCAUGGUCUGGAACAAGAAGAUGACAACCUCCCAGGCGAGCCGCGUCUACGGGAUCCCCUACAAUAGUCUUCUCAUGUACGUGCGCGGCAAAUACGGAAAAAGCCUGAAGCUCGAGCAGCUGAGGAGGGACUGCACCGCCGGCGAGGUCAUGAACUCCCUCAACAACAACGUUAAGCCACUCGAGGGCCCGGGCCUGGGAAUCGGACAUCCUGGACACGGGCACCCGGUCCACCCAUCGGACGCGGAGGCCAACUUUGCGCAUCACCCCCUCCUUAGCGGCGGCCUCGCCCAAGGCUUCUUUCCGGACUUUGGGGGUUUCCCCGUGCCCGUGAACAUGGUUCACCUGCUGCCACCGAGCGAGCAGAAGGGCUUCGAGGCGCCCGGCAAACCCCAAGGCAGCAACGGGCCGAGCAACGGCCAUCAGAGCCUGCGCUCGGAGGAGCUGCUCCUGGGUACCAGGGCCAGGAGCAGGAGCAGGAGCCCCUCGCCUAUCGACGUCUCCACGGGGACGGGGCUGCGGGAGGCGCUACUGCCGGGCGCUGCCCAGUCUGCGCCGCCGCUUCUCCAGCAGAACGGCUCGGACUGA